GCCCGUCCCGGAAGCUGAGAAAGCGAAAGUGUCGGUUGAGUCAGUGACGCAGUUUGGAGCCGUUAGUGUCCGUUAGUGCUGUUUAACGUUCAGGUGACACCGACAGCUAUGGAGCUUCUUCCACUCGUGUGUCUCUGGGUCCUGACUCGGUCUGGAACAACGUUUGCUGCUGGAGACGGGUCAAAGAUCAUCACAGUGACGGAAGGAAGUGAUGCAACUUUACCCUGUUCCCUCAGCACCAGACAGAGCAUUGUGGGAGAACGCUUUGAGUGGAGGAAAGAUGGUCAGAAGGAGGUGUUCCUGUAUGAGGGUGUCCUUCUAUCAGGUCAAGAUCCGCAGUUCAGACGUCGUGUCUUAUAUUUUGAAGAAGAACUGAGUCAUGGUGACGCCUCCAUAACCAUCAGAGAUACGAAGGUGGCUGACAGAGGAAACUACACCUGUGAACUUCAAAGUCAAACCUUCCACAUUGAGCUUCGUGUUGGUUCAUCUCCAAAGCCAAACAUCAGGACACUUGGUGAAACAAAGGACGGGACUCUGCUGCAGUGUGAGGUUCUUGGUGCUUUUCCCAAACCUUCUGUACAGUGGAAGGACAGAGCUGGAAACAUCCUUCGUGCUGAAGAACCACAGGUCUCUGAAAGAAGAGGCAGAUACGACAUUAUCCUCCAAACUACUGUGACCAAGACCGACUACUAUCGCUGUGUAGCCACACAGAAGGAAAUCAGCCAUCAGAUUGAUUCUGAGACAUUUGUGUCUGUUCCUGAGACUCCCACUGGAUGGAUUUAUUCCACUUCAGCUCUCGGGACUCUUUUGAGUGGUGCUGUUGUUGGUGGUGAUGGUCCCUUAAAGGACAGAAGUGAUGAAAACAUCGCAGGUUCAGCUCCAGAACCAAAUAUCAGGAAACUUGGUGAAACAAAGGACGGGACUCUGCUGCAGUGUAAGGUUCUUGGUGCUUUUCCCAAACCUUCUGUACAGUGGAAGGACAGAGCUGGAAACAUCCUUCCUGCUGAAGAACCACAGGUCUCUGAAAGAGGAGGCAGAUACGACAUUAUCCUCCAAACUACUGUGACCAAGACCAACUACUAUCUCUGUGUAGCCACACAGGAGGAAAUCAGCCAUCAGAUUUAUUCUGAGAAAUUUGUGUCUGUUCAUGAUGGCGAUUUAAAGGGCAACAACGGAGAAAACACAAAGCCUCACACUGGAUUGAUUCUUGCUGCAGUUCUUUGUUUUGUUGCUGGUGUUUUUACAACUGUGUAAGAACUAAAGGUCGACCAUCAGACGCAGGUUCCCCUCUUAAAGACUCCAAUGGUUAAAGACUCCAACCUGAUCAGGAUCUUUAACUACCUUUACCUGUGCUGUGAAGCCUCUGAAGUGUGUGUGUUGUUGUGUGUCUGUUUAGUGAGAAGCACUUUGAGUCUUAGACCAAGACAGUGAGGACAUUUUGGCUGGUCCUCACUUAUUUCAGGCAGUUUGAGAGUUGACAGCUGGUUUUAAAGUUAAAGUUAGAAUUAGUUUCAGGUUAAGGUUAGGAUUAGGGCUGUGCUUCCACAGAUAGUUGUGAUGGUAGUGAGGUGAAAAGUCAGGUUGUUGUGGUGCUGAAUGUGCAUGUAGCUCAUUCUGCUCUCAUAUGGAAGCAUCACCACGACCACAGUCUGUCCCUGACCUUAACCAGGUGUUUUUAUCCAACAUUCACACCUGAUUGAUGCACUGAUGUUCCAGGUGAGCAGAGGUGUGAAAAUCAAAGUAAAGAUUUAAAAUGGACCAAGUUACAAAGAGACCUGACUGAACCAGGACCA